AUGUCCCCAAACCUGCAGACUGCUGCCAUCCCCGCGGCAACGGUUCAGUCCCAUGCAUCCAACCUACUUCAACUGCCCGACAAGACCCUACUAUGCGUCUGGUUCGGAGGCUCCCAGGAAGGCCUCCCGGAUAUUAGCAUCUGGCUAUCUCGUCAAGAGCCUGGAACAACUUCCUGGUCGACGCCUCAAAAGAUAUCUUCUGACACCAACCGCAGCUGCCAGAACCCGGUGCUUUUCCGAGCACCCAAGACGGGAGAUAUCUGGCUCUUCCACACCUCUCAAGAUGCGGGCAACCAAGAUGGGGCCAUCGUAAUGGCCCGCACUUCAAGCAACAAUGGCAAGACGUGGUCAUCGCCCCGCUAUCCACUGAAAGGUGUCACCGGGGCUUUUGUGCGCCAACCUCUCGUCGUUCUCGGGGAUGAUACUUGGGUCCUUCCAGUUUUCCACUGCCGAUCAACACCAGGUCAGAGGUGGAUUGGGAACAAUGAUAUCUCUGCGGUGUUCUACUCCAAAGACGAGGGUCAAACAUGGAUAGAGAAUGUGGUGCCUAAUAGCAUUGGCUCUGUCCAUAUGAAUAUCAUCGCACCAAAGAGCGAAGGUUCUGAAUAUGUAGCAUUCUUUCGCAGUCGGUGGGCAGACAAUGUCUACCGUUCAACAUCGCCAGAUGGCCUGAACUGGGCUCCUCCCAAGCCGACAUCUCUUCCGAAUCCCAACAGCGGUAUCUGCGCCGCACGGCUAGCAUCAGGUAAUCUGGCCAUCGUAUUCAACCGCUCCUCCGCCGAGCCUGGCAUGGACAAGCGAGAGGGCCUCUAUGACGACAUCACACCCGAGGAUGACAAGAGACCGAAUCAAGCUUCGGUGAAUGGCAAAAAUGCAAUUUGGGGAACCCCGCGUAAAACGCUUACGGUUGCUGUGUCCAGCGACGAUGGAUUGACAUGGAAGGAGAAGGUCCUUGAGGAAGGCGAUGGGUUUUGCAUGACGAACAAUUCCAUCGAGAAGACAAAUCGGGAGUUGAGCUAUCCUAGCAUCUUUGUUGAGAAGGAAAGUGUGCAUGUUGCUUUUACAUUCCAUCGCCAGUAUAUCAAAUAUGUUAGAAUAGGCGAUAUAGAGGGUUGGAUAGAUCAAGCAUAG